AUGACGGAGAUGUACUCGGGACUCCAUGCGGGCCAGCGCUUCUCGUCCUUGGAGGAGUUCAAGACGGUGAUUCGAAGUAUAUCUGUCCGACAGCAUUGGGAGCUUCGUGUCAUUCGAAGCAAUAAGAAGAGUGUGGUGAUUGGUUGUCGAUCCUCGGCCAAUUGCUACUUUCGUGUUGUUUGUCGCUCAAACAAGAACGCGACCUAUAUUACCAGCCUUCAAGAUAGCCAUAGUUGCCGAAGAAGUGCUGAUUCACCAGCUGCAACACCAGCACGAUCUGAAGCCUCGCAUGUACGCUUCUUGCUGAGUGAAAUUCCAAAGCUCUUCGAUAUGAAGAGCCGAAUCAAAGGCCAGGACGUGGUGGACGCCGUCAAACGUUACCACGGAUAUGAUAUCUCCAUGAGACAAGCACAACGCGCAUUGACUAAAUUGCAACCGCGCCAGGCUGAUAUGCAAGGCGAAAAUACUUUGGAUAUGGAUAUGAGUACGGGUGAACAGUCGCCCGGGCCGUCCCUGGCUGAGUCGCCAGGCGAACCGGGACCAUCAUACCGAGAUAUCUCAGAAACUCGCUGGCUUCCAGACCAUCUUCCACCUUCACUGAUGGAUGAAGCCUCUGUCAACGCUGCCGGGUCUCCAGACCCUGUAGCUGCACCACCGUUACAACCACCCCAAACUGCUCAUUCUGUCCGACCUCCCCAAAUUCCACAACCAGCAUCCAUUGGAACACCCAGUCAAACCGCACUCAGCAACGAUACCCGUCCUAUAAUCUCACAGCAAGGGGUGGGAUACACAACAGCUACUCCCUUGUCCGUUGCACCACCAGAGCAUCCGAAACCACCUGGGUAUGCCCAGCGGAACGACCACCCAGGGGUUCCCCAGAUGGUUCUCACCAACUUCAAGAUCGAGUUUACCUGUACGACCUGCGGCUCCCUUAACCAGAGCUUCUUCCCAAACCAGGGCAAUGUCACUGGACCGGGCUAUAUGGGUCAUCAUGCCAUGCACGAGCAGGCCGCUGUUCCGAGACAUCCUGGUGCUGCACCCUCAAAUGCGCCUGAUGGGAGUAAUAACGAGGUUCCUGAGGACGGCGGGUAUACAGUCAAUGCCCUCAAUGCACGUGUUAUGCAGAAUGCUUGGGCCACUGGAGGGUUAGGGGUUCCCAUUGGCCCCGCGAAUACCUAA